UACAAUGAUUCCAGAAAUGGCGACUACUUAUCAUGGUGGAGGAUCUCAGAGUCCGACAUCUCUUUCAAAACCCAUUGAACGUGUAUUUGAGGAUGCCCAACACACGGGCGAAAUACUGCUCUCUUGUAGGAAAUUACGUGAAUACCCUAAAAUGUCAGCAAAAUACGAUUUGGUUGACACAAUCUCAGCAGAUGUGUCUAAAAAUCGCCUGUCAGAGUUGCCAAAAGAGUUGUGUUCAUAUAUCUCCAUGGAGAAACUGAACUGCUAUCACAAUGUCAUCAAGUCCAUCCCAGAGUGUAUCAUUCAACUGCAGGCUCUCACAUUUCUGAACCUAAGUCGAAACCAGCUGUCCAUCAUCCCAUCGUUUAUCAGCCAGAUCUGUACCCUAGAGGUCCUCAUUGUGAGCCACAACAAGCUCGUCUCUCUGCCAGAGGAGGUGGGUGUAUUAGACAAGCUGAUGGAGUUGGAUGUGAGCUGCAACGAGAUCUCACAGCUGCCAGUGCAGAUCGGGGACCUGAAGUCUCUCAAGUCGCUCAACGUGCGGAGGAAUCUGCUACAAGAACUGCCCGUCGAAAUCAGCAAGUUAAACCUUCGAAAGCUCGAUAUCUCCGCCAACAGAAUCUCCAAGAUUCCGACUGUUUUUCGCAAGAUUGAGACGCUUGAAGAGAUUAUUCUACACAAUAAUCCACUCACUCUGCCACCCUCUCAUGUAUGUACCAAGGGUAAGCAGCACAUCAUGAAGUACCUGCAGAUCACUGCCAUACGUGAGGAGAAGGCACGCAUGGGCAUGCUCAGUGAGAUGGACAUGAAGAGGUUCAGGAAGUCACUGCCCCCAGGACAGUCUGUUUCCUCAGAAGAGUUCCGCACACUGUCAGACACUCCUGACAAGUGGAAACGUCACACCGUGCUCAGCAGUGACUCGGGCUACAGUACCACAGACAGCGUGGACAAAUGUGGAUGGUCCCCCCAAGAAAUCACAACAGAGCCACCACAUCUGAUAGAAAGCAACAACCUGGCAAUCCGUGCAGCAGCUGCCGUGUGUAACCGGGACCCCCGGUUUACCCGGACGCCCCCGGACCCCCCUCAACGCCUUACCAGCCACUUGUCCACUGAAAAUUUGGCCUUGACCUCUAUACCUGCCGCACCACAAUCUACCCACAGCCAGUAUUCCCAAGCUACACCAAACUCAUACAAUAUUCAUAAACCAGCACAGACGUAUUCCCAGCCAUCUUUCAGCAACAGCGUUAAUCAACCAACACGGACAUAUUCCCAGCCGCCUUACAACAGCAACCUUGUUAACACUUAUAACAACAACAGCAGCUUCAGCGGUAGUCACGUGACAUCUUCAUCGACAUCAUCAUCAUCCACUAUAGGUGGAAGCCCAGUUGCGACGCCCGACCCUCUGUCACCCAAUGCCACUCAAUUCCCUUCAUCGUCGGUGUUCACUACCGAACCUUCAACGGAUUCCCCGCCCUAUGUGCCCCCGAGAACUCUGUUCUCCCACUCAACUACCCCACCCACGCUGUUCCCAGUCACAAGACCUGCAGGCUUCACGCCCACGACCCCUGAUGGUGCGGGCAACACUGCCCCUGGGCUCACCACUGCCUCCCCAGGGGUUGGGCCGUCUAAGAACGCUUUCGGCUCGAGUUUGGAAGAUGAGUUCACAAGGGAGCUGCAGAGACAGAAGUUAGAAUACGAGAGUAAGAAGAAGAUCGCUGAACAGUUACGUAUCCAACACGAAGAACAGGAGGAAAGGGAGAGGAGGAGACUGGCCGCCCAGAGAGUACAGGAGGAGCAGCAGGCACUGCUCAGUAGGCAGAGAGAGGUAAAAGAAUCAAAACCGCCUGAAGCCUAUCACACUCCAGAAGUUUCAUCAAGGAAUGCCAUGGACGCACAUCAGCCCGACAUUGGGCAGGCUCCUGUCCCAUCUCCUGAUAUAUCUCACAACAGGGACGGGGUGGCGCACAGGAAUGAGACCAACUUCUACUUUACCUCAAGAUCGUCCCAAAUAAGCCAGUCCGGUACCGCGAGUCAAGUCUGGCCCCCACCCCCUCAAGACUUGGCCCAGCCCCCAGUUGCACCUGCUAAAGCAUGGGCGCCACCCCCAAGGUCACCAGGUCAAAGUUCAACCGCACCAGGAGUUGUGUCAAACGUGCCGAACAGAACUUAUUAUUCAGUCUCAUCUACUUCUGACCAGUUCAAACAAAGGUCCGCCGGCAGAGAUUUGCAUAAUCACAGUGCUGAAAAGUUACAAUGGAAUCCCUCUGGUGCAAAUUCAAAUUCACGUAGUCAGCAAGAGAUAAAAAUAGAUUAUAUGCAACCAGAUAGGACUGCAAACUACUCGUCAAAUAUUUCUGGAAAUCCCGCUUACAGGAGAGACGAUCGCGGUCACGGCCCUUUGUCACCCUUGGCUGAACAGGAGACCGGCAGUUUUAACGCAGGGGGUACGGGUUACGACAGAAGAUUGGAUCAAUCAAACAUUCAUAGACAGAAUCCUGGCCCCAUGGGGGCUGCACAGAACUCUUAUCUGUCUUACAACACUAAUGGAAAUCAGUAUCAAAGUAGGGAAGGGCCCAGACAGCCUGCCCCGUAUUCCCAUCUGGCAUCCGCCUGCAGAUAUUCAAAUUCUGGGACACAAAGUGCUAACAGCGGCCUGGAGUAUAAUUCCUCUGGGGAUAGCUAUAAUCAAAGUGCUAGUGAUUACCCUGGCUACAAGGGUGUGGAUGUCAACAGAAAUCAGCGUGGUUACCUCGGGAACGGGUCACCUGGUGACCGUGACAACAGCUUCGAAGGUCAAGGUCGCUUUGAUCCGCAGUAUGACCCUAGUGAGAGGUUAUCGGGUGAACAUUAUGGUGAUCACAGGAAGCCACAGUUGAGUUCCUCAGGCAGUUUUAAGGAUGAGAGGCCCGUAGGUCAGACAGGUCCCCAGGUGUACAGACGGACGGUGUCUGACUCCAGUACGCGGUUACCGGCAACUAGUCAACCCCUGCCAGUAGCAAAUGGUAUAGUGCACAUAGAGACGACUGGUAACAGCAGUGGGUCCUCCCCGAGCACCCUGACCCCUGGGGACAGUGGCCCCACCCCGUCCCUGCAGUCCCCCGUCUCUCACCCUGCCCCCUAUGUGCUACAGAAUGGCCCCACGGUCACGGACACCCACAUGGACCAGCAGAUAUCACAACCACCUGGCAUAGUAACCAGGCGACCAAAGGGUUCACCAGGGGACGCAGGAAGCACAGGGGUCACAGCACCUCAGCGUGGGGUUAAGCCUUCCCCUCAGGGUCAUCAUCCCGGAACUGGGGCUGGGAGAGGGGCCAGUGAUGGUGAACACAGACUAUCAAACAGCAGCGUGAAAUCCCAGGACGGUCUCAAACCAAAGACAGAGUCUCGACUAAGGUCCAUACAGAAAGAUGGUGUUCAUGACCUGGUCAACAGGAGGUCAACCGGCAGCACAAGUAGUGAGGAUGACAGGAAGCGGUCCACGCCAACCAGGUCCCUACCUACAGCUACUUCAGUUGCGGCUGCGUCCAAGCGCUCUGGGUCAGGUAUGUCCAACUCACCGCGUACAGCAAUGACUGCCACAUCUCGCACCACAGUCAGCACCACAUCCCGUGUAGCUCCCCCAAAAGCAAGCACAACUGGGACCCCAGGAGGCCUGUCUCGUCCAGGGGUAAAACCCGCGUCCGGGGGUCAGACCGGUGGGGCACGCAUCAUGCCGCCUCACGCCUCUGGGUCCGCCAGGGGUUUGCAGCGUCGGGACUCCACGUCAUCGACAACCUCUGUCUCAUCCAGUGUUUCGACCGUUUCGACCAAGUCGGCUUCAAAGAUAAAAACUAGCUUAGAUAAAACCAAACGCUCUGGAACAGUGUUGACCAGCGCCCAUGUGAAGAUGCUAGAUGACUACAGCAAGGAGGCCCUGCACAAACAACACGGGGACCAGCAGCACACAGACUUCUCUGAACAGAUAGAGCAGCUGAGAAAGACAAUAUCCACAAGGUUAAAACGUACCUUGCCUGACAACCUGUUGGAAGCGUUGAGCGACGGGGUGUUGCUGUGUCAUCUAGCCAAUCAGAUACGACCGAGGUCUGUGGCCAGUGUCCAUGUGCCUUCACCUGCAGUGCCCAAACUGACGCUUCCAAAAUGCCGCAAAAAUGUGGAGAACUUCUUGGAAGCUUGUAGAAAAAUUGGAAUACCAAAGGACCAGAUGUGUGACCCUGCAGACAUCCUUGCAGGCAAGGGACUGCACCGUGUGGCAGGCACAGUUGCGGCCCUUGUUGCUAAGCACCCCAAACAGACAGAGGCAUCCCUGGUCUGAAGUGUUGUUAGACCAACAUGUUAGGAAUAUAUUUUGAUUUAACUGUGUGUGAAACUUAUGCAUGCAAAUAAACCAAGGCAGUACUUGAUGGAAAUGGCAUUCGACCAGAAUUAAAGUAAUAUAAUUAACUGGCAUCUUUUAAAUAUACUUAAUAGUCAUUUUUAUUGGUUGGCAUUAAAUUUCAGGGUUAUUUGCUUUACAUGUAUCUUUUUUGGAUGCGUUUGUGUUAAAUUCGUGGAAUGGUCAACACACAAAAUCAACAAAAAUGACCCACGAAGAAUAAUGAAUUUACAGUAUACUACAAUUAUGUUACUGUUUAUGAAACAUAUGCAAUAAAAAACAUGGCAGUUCUUGAUGGAAAUGGCAUUAGACCAUAAUUUGAUGAAUAUAAUAUAUUUUUUCUUACAGUAAUUUUUAAAAUGUGUGCAAUAUAUCAAAGUACACAUUUAUUUCCAUUAAAUUAUGCACAUUUUAGGAAUAUAUUGAUCACAAAUGUCUGUAGCGAACUAAACAUUUACUGUUAACCCUUUGAGCGCUGGAACCAGAAUUUGAAGGCCUUUGCAAACAGUUUGGAUCCAGAUGAGACGCCACAGAACCUGACGUCUCAUCAGGAUCCAAACUGUUUGCUAUUCUGAUAGUAUUCUUUGAAAAAAAAUGGAAGAAAAUGCUAAUUUUAGAAAUUAAGCAGACAACAUUUUAGCAGACGACAAAUUUCCCAGCAUGCAAAGGGUUAACUUAGAUUUUUUGUAAUAAGAUUUUUUUAACAAGAUUGUCAUUAGGUAUUUUGUCGAAUAAGAAGCAAUGAAUCCCAAAGCAAUUUAAAGCUUCACUUGUGUGAAUAUUUACAAGGAUUUAUUCCAGUUAUGUAGCGCUUGAUAUAAAAAUGUGAUAUUAAAAUAGCUGUCAUGUGACCCUAUUUUCUAGUAUUAAUCAAUGUGAUGCAGUUAUAGUGCAGUCUAGUUAGGAUGUAAGAAAACAGAUGUGCUUGGUUCUUUGGAAGAAUCUAGAGAUCUGUGUUUAAUGUUACUAGUACUAAUGAAUAUUUAUUAUGUUUUUAUUUUGUAUUUAUCUUUGACUUCCUUCUUCAUCUUCCAUUCGCAUAAUAGUGUUGUAAUGUUGUUUGAUUUGUGCCAGGUUCAGGGAAAACUGGGCUGUAUGCUUGUGCAUAAAAGGUUGUCCCAGAUUUAGCUGUGCAGUCUGCAAAAGUCAGUCUGGGACAACACUUCUAACUUUUAUGGAAUUUUUGCUUUAAAGGUCUCAACGAAAAUCCAGUGAAGGCUGACGAUGUCAUCAUUGAUUUGGGAUGACAUCGCAUGCAUUAAGCCCUGUUUUCCUAUAACGAGGCUCAUAUAAGUUUCACAGCAUCUUCCAUACUCAGAUUGUUUAUAUAUAUUAUGUAGAUCUAUGUUUUAGCUUGAACAGCGCGUUCACCCAUUUUUUAUGAUGUGAUAUUUUGUACACUUUGAUCGUAUAGCUCAUACAUGCAUCAUACUUGCCUUGUUCUGAACUGUGACAUUAAGUGAGUUUGGUUGGUAUUACCAGUAGUAACUCACCAAUAUAUGCAUCUGUAUAUGCCUUACAUUGUUGUGGUACUCUAGGAUUCUAUUCCAAGUUUCAAGAAAUUUAUUUAAGUUUUAAGUAGUUUGGUCCUCAUCUUUAGAACAUAGUAUGUUUUUGCAAAAGAUAUACUGUGUUCAAGGGCACAUUACUGGGGAUAGUUGGGCAUGAAAGAAGUGUCUUGUACAUUUUAACUUCAUGGUAAUAAUAUACUUCAAAAGUUCAAAUUCUAUCAUUUGGGUAAUAUGGAGGUUGAUCAAUCAAGAGACUUAAAAUGUGUUACUUGGCAACCUUGCCCAUGGC